GAUGGACUUGUCCGUUGUUCAAUGGCUGUUGGCACUCCAGACUAUAUUAGCCCUGAAGUUCUCCGUUCACAAGGAGGAGAGGGUGUUUAUGGACGGGAAGUCGAUUGGUGGGCUGUUGGAGUAUUUCUUUAUGAAAUGCUUUUUGGAGAAACUCCUUUUUAUGCUGAAAGUUUAGUCCAAACUUAUUCAAAAAUUAUGGAUCACAACAAACAAUUAAAAUUUCCUGGAGAUGUUAAAGUGACUAGCAGUGCUAAAGAUAUUAUUCGAAGUUUUCUUUCUGAACCUAACAUUCGACUUGGACGUGAUGGAAUUUCUGCGAUACGAGGACAUGCAUUCUUUAAAAAUUCUGUUUGGACUUUUGACUCAAUUCAAAAAUCAACACCUCCAUAUGUUCCCGAUCUUCUUGGUGAUGAUGAUACUUCCCAUUUUGACGAUGUUGAACCUGCGGAUCCUGUUGAUUGUGAAAGUUUUCAAAUUCCAAAGGCUUUUACCGGCAAUCAAUUACCUUUUAUUGGAUUUACUUUCUCCAACGAAUUUGGUCCAUUGGAUUUAAUUAAAAAACAACUUGAAGAAGCCGUACUUCAGCCAAUUGUAAAUGGAAAUAAUAAUUUGUUAGACACUCCUGCAGUUAAUGGGACUUGUGGAGGUGAAAAUAAUGGUCAUUUAGAAGAGGUUGACGAGUUAACCAACGAAAAUGAACUUCUCCAGCAACAAUUAAAAAAUAUUAAAGAACAAUUAGAAAUAGAGACAAAUUCUGCAAAGGCUGAGAUUGAUUUGUUGGCAAAGGAAAGAGAAAUUUUGGAAAUGAAAUGCGCAGAAAUGAAGCAAAAUCAAGAAAUGAUCGAGUCAGAAGUUGAUUCUCUAAAACAAGAGAAGGAGAAUUUGUCAGGUCGAAUAAAAGAGCUUGAAAUAGAGGUUGGAAAGUUGACACCAACUCAACAAGAGGCAGAACAGUUGCGAGAGACAAAUAAAAUGUUGGAGCUUCAUCUUCAAAAAUGUAAGGAACAACUUGAGCAACAGCAGCAAAUAAACAACCAUCAUUUGAAUAAUAACAACAAUGCAACUGCAGCACCUGCUGUUCCACCACCACGACUUUCUCAUGAGGUUGGAGAAUUGAAAUAUCAAAGACGAGUUCUCGAAAAUAAAAUUGAAGACCUUCAGGAGCAGCUGGAGGGACAAAGACGACUUUUCUCAGAUUGUCAACAAAGACUUGAAGCUGAGCAAAAAUUAUCUGGACUUUUCAAAGUUGAAAUUGAGGCACGGGCAAAGGAUAAUGAAGAAAAGGAGAAAAAAUUUCAAAAUAUGGGACAACAAAUUGAAGAAUUUGUACUUACAUUGGAACGGGAACGUGUUUCGCAUCAACAUUUGCAAAAUAGUUUUGUUGACCUGCAAAAAGAUAAGUCCUUUUUGGAGACUGAAUUGCGUGCAGCAAUGCAAAGGCAUGAACAAGAAUAUAAAUCGUUGACAACUAAUCUUAAUUUGGCAUCCAAAAAAGAAAAUGAAUUAAUUAGCCAAAAUAAACAACUUCAAGAGGAAAUUAACCAAAUACGUAAACAUUCACAUGGACCUAUGGGAUUAGCUCCAGUUUUUGGCGGAACAAAUACUUUAUCUAGUGCUGUUUCUACUUCUUCACUUGUUUCUGCGACAAAUUCUUUUGCUUCAGUUCAAUUACACAAUAAUAAUAAUUCUAUUCUCUCAUCCUCUGGCGAAUUGGAAAUGCUAUCUAGAGAUCAACUUAUUCAUCGCUGUCAACGCGAAAUUAAACUUAAAGAACAAGUUAUUGAAAAGUUAGCUUAUUUGGGUCGACAGAAAGGCAUUAAUGAUGAUUCUGCUGGACGUGCAAAUUCUAAAAAGAAGAAAAAACAUGUGGAUGAGAAACGUGUUCGUGAUCUUGUUGAAUUUCAAAUGGAACAGGAACGAAAAAAAUAUCUUCAGAAAAUUGCACAGCUUGAAGAAAUUAUUCAAGAUUUACAUCAAAAUUUGGUUGAAGAGCAAAGAAAGAAGGCUGAUUUAAUUGAUGAAGUGAAUCUUUAUAAGAAGGGUGGCGCAGAGCACAUUGACUUAAAUUCUGCUCAAACUUUUCGUGAUAGACGUAUUCCUCGUCGAAGGCAAGGAGGAGGACAAUAUCAAAAUCUUGAGAAUGACAACGAUCCGGUAUAAAAGGAAAAUAAUUAAGAUGACUGCACUUAAAUACGUAUGUGCCUUAAAAAUGAAGCAAUAAAAAGUGACCUUUUGAUUUUAACAAACAAUGAAAAGUAAAAUCCCAUAUUUAAAAUUUUAGUAAUAAUAUUCUCUUUGCAAUGCCUCUUAAAAAUUGUCA